AUGUCACGUGAUUUAGUAAAAAUUCAAAAUGGCUGCGCCCAUAUACUGAUUGAUGAUGUAAAAAGGAUGAAGAAUGCCUUAGAUCUGUCAGAAAUGAAAAUUAAAACAUGCUUUUUUAGAAGAUUGUUUCGGCGCCGAAAGUACCAGACUCUGCUACUCUUGGUCUUUAUAGCGCUAUGCUUCUUUUUCCUGCAGUUCUUUUCCAUGCGCAAAUUGUCGAUAUGGAAUCGCCUGCGAGCAGACGAAGAAUUCCUAAACAUUAAGCAACUGAGUGACAUCGACGAUGAAGAAGUUUUCAAGGAAAAAUUAAAAAUGGCGGAAGAGACAAUGCAAAAGCAACAAGAAUCUAAAGCAUUAUUAAAUGGUGUACAUAGAAAAGAUGAAAAAUUUUACCGUCCAGAUGCAAAUGGUUCUUUUACUUGUCUUCAGGAUAAGAUAAAGAUAGACUUCUCUCAGGUGAACGAUGAUUUUUGUGAUUGUCCUGAUUCUACUGAUGAACCAGGUACCAAUGCUUGUCCCCAUUCCAAAUUUUAUUGUAAAUAUCAGAUUCCAAAUGAAGAAGCAGUAUUAAUAACAGGAAGUAAAGUGAAUGAUGGGAUAUGUGAUUGUUGUGAUGGUAGCGAUGAAUACGCUGGUCACAUGGUCCCCGCCAUUUACAUUAUCUUAGAUAAAAUAUUUUUGAAGAAGUAUUCAGUCUUCCAAACGCCGUGUCAGAAUCGCUGUCAGAAAGGGUUAGAGGUCAAAGCUCAAAGUGAAAGGGUCAGGAGAAUUGGUACUAAGUUGAAAUUGAGUUAUUUGGAGGCGGGGAAAAAAGCUACUGUCAGAUCGGCCUACGGUCCAGAAAAUGUGUUCUUUAAGCUCAGUUCCCAGUGUUUUACUCUAGAAAAGACGAUAUACGAAUACAAGAUCUGUCCUUUUGUAUCCGUGACUCAAGUGGAUUUUCCUCAGGCAACCUUCAAUCUGGGCAAAACACCUCAAUGGUUGAAACAGGUCAAGGGAGAUUACUCUCUUUUAAUGAAGAAUGGUGACAACCGUCUGUGUCCUGAAGGCGUUUCAAGAAGCACUAAGAUCCGUUUUUUCUGCGGUCUACAAGAUCUACCAUUGUCUAUAAAUGAAGAUGAAAAAUGUACUUAUAUUGUUAAAUUUAUGACUCCUGCAGCUUGUUGA